CGCUGCAGAAUAUCUGCAGAGCUGAGCAGCUGUGCGACGGGAGAGAUACAUGUAUAGUCGGCUUGGCUUGACUGGGAAGCCUUUGUCCUCAAUCGCAGCAACAAAAAUAAAUAAACAGACUUUAACUGGAUUAGCAACAGAAAGAACAUUUCCACGUUAGCAACAUAUCUUUAACCUGAUCUAUGAUCCCCGAGACUUGGAAAGUUAUAAGAAGUUGAACACUUGACCACUUGGAAAUGAUGCAUGCACUUCCUACAACCAUGAUGGUCCAUGAUUUAGAUAUCUUCAGCUCAUCUCCUUCUCCAAUGGACGCCAUCGCCAAAAGGUCUUCAUGGGGGAAACUGGUGCAGAAGUUAACGGACUUCAGCGGAGACGGCCAGAGCAGCCGUCACAGUUUAGACUCCGACUCAGACAAUGGCAGCAGGACUGAUCUCUCAGACUCCGGGUUUGACUUUAUCUCCUCAUCUGAUGACUUCGGCAAUGUGCUAUACGAUGAUCUCCUCUCAAUGGAGGAGACCCUUCUGAAAGAACUUGUGCACUUGAUUGCCAGUAGCUUAAGGGAAGCCAAAGACGGUGCUCUUAGAUGUUCGAAACUACUCAUCCCUGAGAAGCUUCUAGAACACAUAGGCCAAGAGCUCCUUCACCUGGCGGCCAGCGAGCCCUGUGGCCUGAGGGGGGCUCUCAUAGACCUCUGUGUGGAACAGGGGGAGGUGUGUCAGAGUAUGGAACAGAUCGCCGUGGACCCAUAUCUUGUCCCUACCUUCCAGCUCACACUGGUGCUGAGGCUCGAUUCUGGAGGACUGUGGCCCAAAAUCCAAGGGCUUUUCUCCACAAAGUCUCCAUCCAGUCCCGUAAAGAGACAGGCAAUUAGACUGAGCACGGGCUUCAGAGUGAUCAAGAAGAAACUGUACAGCUCUGAAGAGUUGCUCAUUGAAGAAUGCUGAGAGAAACCAAAGAGACGUUCUUUAGAUAUUUUUCUAAUAAACCUUGUUGUACCAAGUGUCCUACCUACAACGCCCUACCUACAUUUGGGAUUCUAGUCAAAUGUAUGAUUUCUAGGACAUUUUCUUAACUGUUAAGAUGAACUGCUGAUUACUUUGCUAUGUUCAUUAUUUGCCACUUGGUGUUCCUGUGUCGGGGAGCCACAGUAAAUGGUACGUGAGUAGUUUAGUGUGCUUAAGAGAAGUGUUAACGCAAAACACUCAAAAUGACGUUUCUGGCACUUUUGCAAACCACUAAUAUCUAUUUUUAUACAAGA